AUGGCCACUGAGGGGUGGCCGGAGGUGGCCAAAGGUCGGUCGGUGGCUUCUCCUGGAAUUCCCGUCGUCGGGAUCGUCGGGAUCGUCGGGGAUCGGGUUGUCCUGCCCUGCCGGGUGACCCCGGAGCCCAUUCCCGAGGUUUUCUCCGUCCGCUGGGUGUUCCACGACGGCUCCCGACGGAUCCCCGUGGGCGGUUUCGACGGGAAGAGCCGGGAGGAGGAGUGGGACGGGAGGUUCCGGGGCCGGGCGGAGUUUUUCCCCAGGGAAUUCCGGGCCGGGAACGUGUCCCUGGGAUUGAGGAACGUCGGGAUCUCCGACCGAGGGUUCUACACCUGCCACGUGUCAGCCCAGGACGUGUCCCGGGAGGCGUCGGUGGAGCUGGAAGUGGCAGCCAUCGGCGACGUUCCCACCAUCGUCGUGAACUCCCGGAAAAGGGACCUCGGCCUCUCCUGCCGAGCCUCGGGCUGGUUCCCCAAUCCCGAAAUCCUUUGGCUGGAUGGCCAAGGGAAGCUCCGGGAGGGAUUUUCCAGCCCCAGGACGACGCCGGAGCCGUCGGGGCUGUUCCGGGUCGACGCUUCCGUGACCCUCCCGCCCGGAUCCGACCUGGAGGUUUCCUGCAGGAUCCUCAACCCCCGGCUCAACGUCUCCAGGGAAUCCCGGAUCCGCAUCUCGGAUGUUUUCCUCCCUUCCGUCUCCUCCUGGCUCAUCGGUUUCCUGGUGCUUUUGGGCCUCAACCUGCUCCUGAUUUCUGCUGUGUUUUGCCUCCUGAGGAGGAGCAACAAGAAAAAUGCCAGUGCAGUGAAAGUGAAGCUGGAAAGGGAAGAAGGUAAAAAAUCCCUCAGGAAACGGGAAAUGUCCAGCGUCAAAUAUUAGGAAAGUUCCCAAAUCGGGAAUUUUGGGAGCCAAAAUUCCGUGUCCUCUCUUUUCCAGAAAAAAAGAAGGUGAAGUCGUUGUUGGGUAAGAGAUUCCCUUUUUCCUUCCCUUCCCUU